GCAGCCUAGACACUUCGAACAGUUUGGAGCUGAGGAUGAAAAGAUGAUGUCCUGACAAUCACUUACUUCGGAAGCUAUGAGGGUCACUCUACAAUACGAAAAUUCCCCCAUUCUCUGCCAGAUGCAGCCAGUGCCAAGCUGCUGCACCCUUGAAUUCCCCCUAUCCGAACGAUCAAUGAAUGCAUCAUCAUUUCACCGAUGCCACCUCGUCGCCCAAUAUCCCCGCUCUCCUUCGAUUCAUGCUCGCUACCCCCACCGGACAGUGACCUCGACACUCUUGCUGGCUCCGAUGACGACUUAGAUCCUACUGAGCGUCUGGCUCGACAUCGGAGAAUUGAGAAGCUUGCUGAAGCUUAUCUACAGGGCUCACCGCUUUUUCUUUUGUCUGCAUCGCUUCGAGGACCUUUCGACAAUGGAUGGGUCAAUCCUUGGAGAAAGGAUCGGUGCAGGCAUGGCGGAUCGGAGGGUACCGAGGAUGAGAAUAAAAAACGGCCAGUGAUCCCGGAGACGAAUCCGCGAAAACGACCACUAUACCACCACGAGUCUCGUGAUACACAACGCUCGCAACCUUCCACUCAACAUCCCGAGACAAUUCCGAAUCUUGAAUCCGGGAAGAAUUCGACCACAGGAUCCUCUAACAAACGAGCGCGGGGCAACAGCAGAGAUAUACGAGUUGCAAGCGCCACACCAAAAGAUACAUUUGUCUCCAAGGGCCACCCGUCUCCACACACAAACAGAGGUUGGCUGAAGAAGGACUGUGCCGGAAUUGGGUUUCGAACUGUCAAUCCGCCGACAUCCCCUACGGCAACUAUAUCGUCUCGCCGUCAGGGAGCAAAGGACAACAUCAUACAAGUACCCGCGACUGACUACCGAUGGGCAGUCAGGGAUCAUCGGAAAGAUCUUGAUCACUUGCGUGAGGACAAACGUGAUGUUCAUCGUGUACCGGACAGUGUCAAGGUUCCUGCCUUCAAGGAGCAGCGCAGUAGUCAAUCUGAUCCCCAAGGAAUUUCUUCCGAUGCAGCAAACCAGGAAGGCUCGCUUUAUGUCCUUUCCUCGUCCUCGCACCUGCCGAAAUUCGAGUACCGGCGCGCAAAGACCUCCGGACACGGCAAGCAGGAGGCCGAGUCUACGUCUGCGCAUCAGAAGCAAGAAGAUAGUCCCAAUCAAAUCGAUAUGGCUGAGGACAACGACCAUCAAUGCCAUGAUAACCAACCCUCGCACGGCGCAUCUCCGGAAGACGCUAUCCGGCUCGACUCGCCCGAUCCCCCUGCCGCAAAUGAGAAAAGUGCGCCUGCUUCUCAGUCGCAGGUUACAGACGAAGUGCAGGUCACAGAUGCUGCUACAUCUCAAGUCAUCUCAUCGACAGAGGGGGCAUCUUCCAACAUCGAGCAUGUAGCGGCAAACGUGAGUGGCAAAUUACCCUCAGCGCAACAUAACCCCCUGAAUCCAGCCAUUACGCACAACGCUACCUCGCUACAUACGAUCUCUGCCGCAAAGGCUCAUACUCAGAGUGACGAAGAGACUAUUCCCGACCCGCAGUUCAAUACACAGGCCGCUCUUCUUCACGCCCAGAUAUCAUUUCAGAAAGACCUCGAAAGCCCAGAAAAUACUCCUGGUCGGGCUGCAAACCCAAAUUCUAUAUCUCGCAAUGAUAUCACGCCGUUUUGCAGAGUGGCUACACCCGGUGGGCUCGAGAACAUGCCAGGCAACAAGGCACCUGGGACGAUGAAAGGCCCCGUGAUGAGCACACAAUACCUCAUUGACGCCGUCACGCCAUUCACGCUCAGUACUGAGAAGAGGUCUAAACCUCGAUUUUUGACUCCACAAUAUCCUGAGUCUAGCACUAAGCCAGGAAGAUCGUCUUUCGAGGGGGCGUUAUCCUCCCCCAUCCCGGACUAUGCCAACGACGAGAGCCUCAAUAUUGAAUCAUCUCAGCCGCCGGAUCAUGCGGAUCUCUUAGAUCCCACUCAGGGAGAAGAUUUGGAGAUGACCUUCUCCGGAACUAUGCCUACCACGGGUGAGGACGGUCAGGGAGGCGCGAUGGGUGCUGAAAGUUUCAACCUCAACGAAGCAAUUGCUGAGGCCGGGAGCUGGUUAAAGGAAAGCUUCGACAUAGGUCAGGAAAUCAAACGAUGCGCACAUCCGAAUAAGAAGGGGUCAUCCUCCGGCACUGGCCCAUCAGCGGUAAGCCUAGAUGCUUAAGAAGAUCAUUGAUGGUGACUUGGUUUAGAAGACGAUCACGGCAAUCACUUGCUUGUGGCGCCACGAGGCGGUCUUGGUUCUCUGGUAGUCUUCUUGUACAUUGAGCUAUUUCUUUUUUCUUUCCCCCUUUUUUGCGGGCAUAGCUUUCAUGCGGGCUUCAUAGCGACAUAGACGCAC